AAUGGAUGAAGGAGAGGAAGGAGAAGGGGGGCCUCAACUGUGGGGCCUGUACCUUCACCAGGCAGAGAGAGAGCCGUCAUUACAGGCGACUAGGUCCUUCUGGCUGGGGAAAUUUCUGCAGGCACUGCCGGAGAGCGUGCUGUUCAGCUGUAGGGAGCACAUUGGGCGCACAAAACCCCCACCAAUCGACCCUCGACAGUGGCCCACAGCAGUCCAGGAGCAAGAGACAGAGGAAUUAGAACUAAACGUGAAAAGAAUCUCAGUCGCUACCGCUGAAAACAUGCGCGAUUCAAAAGAUGAUGUGUUCCAGCUGGCUGGGGGGUCGAGAGAGCCACUGUGGGUGCACGUCCAGAGAGCAGACGAUUGUCUGAGGUGGCUGGGCCGCCAUACCUGCACCUCUCUGUCUCCAACGGUCCACAGACUAGUGGUGGAGUCAGUGGUGGAGUCAGCUACUGUUGAUCCUCUCCCGUGGGCCUCUACUGAGACCUGAUGCCACUCUGGACUGGACAACAGUGGAAACCUUCCUUGUAAAUGAUGUUGUUUGUGAGCGGAGUGACUAUGCCAAGGGAGCGGUAAAGUGUGCAGUUCUGGCGAGACACGUGUCUGAUGCGGUGAGGUCUUCUCCUCAUCUCCUCACCCUGUGGAGCGGGCUAUUCACCUGGACUGGAAACAACAGUUGUUUGAAGAGUGUAUUCAGUUGUGGCAAGGUUCAGACUCAGACUGCGAUGUUUCUGGCUCUGGAACACAGUUAGCCCACCAUCUUGACAUCCCUCGACCUGUGUUUGCCCAUCGUCUCUGUCUCCUCCUCUGCUCUGCUGGCCUCGAGAGGGCACUGGGAGACGUAUAUCUGUCAGUUUCGGGAGGUAUGGAACAUCUUUAUAGCGGCCCGUCGGCCGUGAACGAGUGUUCUCUCAUGAUGCAGCAUCACAGUGUCCAUCUCUACUGAGAGAUCUCCUCAACGCACCUCAACUGGAGGACAUCUUUGGGAAAACUGCCGUACGACUUGCGAACCAGGAAAUUUGUGUCAUUCGUCGUAAUCUACAGAUGUGCUGCCUCCGCUGUCUCAUAGGCCCUCCGUCAGGACUCAAUCUCAGAAACAUAUUCUGGCACGGGUUUCCCUCUCCGGGCGAAAUCAGCUCAAACUACAUGUGUCUACUGCUGGCGAUGGCAGCUAGUCUGGGGGCGGGGCUGGCCUCGGUAGUGGUGGUCCACAGACCACCCGUCUCACUGCAGAGAGAGGAGUUCAUCAUGACUGGCACUUUCCCAGAUGUGUGUGACAGUGACAUCGGAUGCAUAGAGAGACUGUUUGCGGACUCAUACUUUGUCCCAGCCUCCAUGCUGCCUCUGUGGCUGGCUGGACUCGACGCAUUCAAACACCAAAUGUACCACCACAGUCUUGUUCUGCUGUUGCCUGCCCUCGAGCAUGGUCUGAGGAGGGUGUUUGCCUGUGUCAACCACUGCCCCCACAGAGUCCUCACUGCUGAGUCAACAGCUCUCUACACUACAUUUGAUGAGAUUCUAAGUCCAACACUUCACGACCAUCUCUCACCCAACAGACUGCACCACGAAAUUGGACCUGCAAAACUGGAGUGUUUGUUGGAUCUGCUGGUUCAGCCAGAGGGACCAAGACUGAGGGACAGGAUCAGCCACGGAGAGGUGGAUUUCUACUCUCUAUCAAAGCCUCUAGCGAACCACGUGGUGUCUUUGUGUGCACUGUUCUGUGCCCACUACUCCCUGGACCCCACCCUCACCUCCGAGCCUCCCAUUGCAAAGUGCCUGGCUGUUGAAAAAUCGUACCGACCUCUCUUUCAUCCGGCCUCACUAUUGAAGAGAGAGCUGCUGCAGUUGUCGGAGGGCCUGGAGACUUGGUCUACCAUCCCACUACCACCACCAGCAUCACCUGACUGUAGCUCUGAACCGACACCAGAGGACUGGAGUCACCUGACUGUGGCUGUUCAGCGACUGGCAGACUCUGCCCUAGUGGCCACUGCUACCAGGAGUUACGGCUCUCUUCCCAGGGCUCUGCAACAAGUCAAUGAUCUCUGCCAUGGAAGUGGCAUCAGAGAGACUUGGGAGUUCUCUACUGCCUUGAAGAGACUGGUGGAGAUGGUGUGGGAGGAGAGGAGGGAGAGAGUGGGCAAUAGCAGCAGGUCCCUCUGCUCCGGGGCAGGACUAGAGCUAAUUGGACUACUGAGAAGGACAACAGAAAACACAGCCAACACACUCUGUCAGGUAAGAGACAUGGCUAUACUGAGGCACAAGCAGCACCAACAGAAGCAGCUCAGAUCACGUCAGAGGAAAAACUAUGAGCACCUCCUCACGAGUCUACCACUCUACAGAGGAGCAGCGUGUCUUAUUGUGGUUAUGAUAGCAGUCACAUGGCUACGAUUCCACCAGAUGACCUGCACUGACACCUCAGCCAGGAGGGCAAUAAAGUUCUACAGGAAGGUACUGCAGGUGUCAGAGAACCUCUCGUCUCAGACCUCGGCUAGCAGGAACCGGUGGGAGGAGGCCGACCAGCUGGCUCUCUCUCUCGCCCAACUGAGUCUCUUCGACAUUCUACCACCUGCCCUGGACACCGUCCUCAGUACAUCGCCAAGAGACUUAAACCAUUGAUUCAAUGUAUAUAUUAUGUAUGUACAUAUGUAUGUAUGUAUGUAUUGUACACAGCUGCUAUACAGCGUAACCCAAAGUAUUGUUAGUUGCUCCUGAGGUCACAUGCUCACUUAUGAUCUCCCAUCGUGAUCAUCAAUGUCAUUUUGCCGUUCUCUGCCCUAUUAUAGACUUCUAUUUUUAUUGCUU